AUGAAUCGUUCAUCAAGAUUAAAAGAUAUUGUAAAUAAAAGAUCAAAUCUUUGGCAAGAUUCAGGAACAGAUACAUCAUCAACAUCUAAUAAUGAUAAUAGAAAAAUAUCAACGAAAGAUAAAUCAUCAACUGAUUCUGAUACAUCAAAUGAUGAGAAUAGUGAACCAAUUAGAACAAAAACUUGUUGUUUAAUUUGUUCAAUCUUACCAAAUUUAUCAAAUAUAAAUACAUGUCACAAACAUUUAGCAUCAUUAACUACACCAAUAGCACCAGCACAGGUUGUUUAUAUGAUGCCUCCACCAAUGAAUAGUUGUCCGAAAUCACACUGUCAUUGUCGAUCAAAAUCUAAACGUCGUCAUCGAUCUAGCUCGUCUUCGUCUUCAUCAUCAUCAUCAUCACGACGACCAGCAACAUCAUCAAAAUCUCGACGUCAUCGAAAAAAACGAUCAAUGACUCUCGUAUCGUCUAAUACUAGUAGUCAAGAUGAUUUAUUUUACUCUCCGGAUGUUCAAACUCAAGACACAACAACGACCAAUAAUCAACAGCAUCGAUCGAAUAAUACUGAAGGCCGAUUAUCACCUUCACUUCCACCAUCAACUACAAUCAAUCCAAAUACUAAUAAUAAUAAUUUGCAAAAACAUCAACAAUUUUUAAUUACAUCAAUUUUUCAUACAACUCAACAACAAAAUACCAAUGAAAUAGACUCGAUGUUAAAAAAUACCCAAAAUAAACCAAUAUCUCAAGAAGAUUCUCCGGAUAUAAUUAUAUUAGAUUCUGAUUCAUCGUGUUCAUCACCUAUACCUUAUAACCAAGUUGUACAUGUAAAAGAUGAAGGUGAAUCAUUAGCAGAAAAUGACCAUAAAACAGUAUCGAUUAAUAUGGGUCAAUUAGCUGCUGAAAUGGUAGAUCAUGAAUGUCCUGAACCAGUAAUAUUACUUGAACGUGUAUAUACAGAUAGAUACAAUCCAACAUAUAAAUAA